AUGCCACUACCUUCAGGUGAUUUUGUGAAAAUAAAUGUGGAUGGAGGAUGGAUUGGUGACACUCUGAAAGGUGGCGUUGGUGUAGUUAUUAGAAAUACUGGUGGUCAAUUUGUUAGGGGUUUAGCUGGUCCUAUUUUCUGCAAUUCAGCAUUAGCAGCGGAAGCUUAUUCAGCAAUUAAAGGGCUUGCUUUGUCUGCUAACCUUGGCUUUAGAGAUGUCAUUGUUGAAACUGACUCAAAAUUGCUUAUUAAUGGGAUAAAUGGUGACUUUAGAAACAAAGUGUGGUCCAUUAUGCUCCUUGAGGCGCUUCACAGAAUCUGUGAUUCUAUGCAUGACGUUGGAUGGAGCUGGGUGCAUAGAGAUUUAAAUCGUGCGGCUCAUGAGGCAGCCAUGAUUGGAGUUAGAGCUAUGGAGCUGGAAAGCUGGGUCUCACGACCACCAUUGUCUCUAGUGCAAGUUCUGGUCUCAGAUGGACUCCCAUGUCCUCCUUAG